CUUGAGACUCUUUUUUUUAUAGUUAGAGAAACAUGGGUCGCCACUGUCAGCUGGUAAUGGGCCCUGCCGGGAGCGGCAAGUCUACUUUUUGCGCAACAAUGAUGACGCACAUCCAAACCACUGGACGGAGGGCACAUCUUGUCAACUUGGAUCCCGCAGCAGAGCACUUUGAAUACGAACCAACGAUAGAUAUUCGGGAGUUGAUCACUCUGGAAGAUGUCAUGGAGGAACUGGAUUAUGGACCGAAUGGCGGGUUGAUCUACUGCUUGGAGUUUUUAUUGAACAAUAUUGAUUGGCUGGAGGAAGAGAUCGGCAGCUAUGAUGACGACUACCUGAUUAUUGACUGUCCCGGUCAGAUUGAGCUGUACACACAUUUCCCAAUCAUGCGUCGCGUAUGUGAAGCGUUGAGACAGUGGAACAUGAACAUCUGUGGGGUAUACUGCCUUGAAUCGCAGUUUAUCGAAGACAAGGCCAAGUAUUUCUCUGGCGUGCUUAGCGCCAUGAGUGCUAUGGUGAAUAUGGAGAUCUCGCACGUGAAUGUGAUGACCAAGAUGGACUUGGUAGAAGGAGACUAUGGGAACGCCAAGAAGGACAGUGACGACGAGGACGGUGCGGAUGGAAGCGACGAUGACAAGAAGAAGCGACGACGCCGGAGAAGAAGACGCAUGGACAACGCGUUGACGAACCGUGAGCUGGAGCGCUAUCUCGAUCCUGAUCCGCUGCUUAUCGCGGAAGAAGCAGGCGCUAUUGAGCAGGACCAAGCAUCCAACAACGCGAAUUCGAGGAGUUUCAAAUUCCAGGCGUUAAAUCAGGCCAUUGUACAACUGAUUGACGAUUAUAGUAUGGUUAGCUUUAUACCUCUGAACAUCACUGAUGAAGAUUCCGUCGAGUAUGUGCUGUCGACCAUAGACAACGCGAUGCAGUAUGGCGAAGACCUGGAGCCAAAGGAGCCGGAUGAUAGGGUUGAAUACGAAUCAUAAAUAAAGAAAGCCACUUUGACAGGAAAGAAAGGAGUUUGUUCGUUUUCGGUGGG